AGAAACUAAUUUAGUUCCUGUUCGAAGAUUUUCUGGAAAAACUGAUGAGGAUCCAAACGAUUGGCUCGUUCACUUUGAAAAAGCUGCUAAAGCAAAUAAUUGGACUUCAGAAAGAAUUUUAGAAAUAGUUAGUGGAUUUCUUGAAGGAAUGGCAGCUGAUUGGUAUGAAGAUACUGUCUUUCAAA